ACAAAAUUCACAUCAGCCCUUCAAUUGUUCUCUCUUACAUUCAAUUAAGUCUUUUAUCUUAAAAACAAAUAUGGCAGCUGAGGUUGAGUACAGGUGUUUUGUUGGUGGGCUAGCAUGGGCUACCACUGAUAGUACGUUAGGAGAUGCUUUUGCUCAUUACGGUGAAGUUAUCGAUUCCAAGAUCAUAAACGAUCGUGAGACAGGUAGAUCAAGAGGAUUUGGUUUUGUUACGUUUGGUGAUGAGAAAUCAAUGAGGGACGCAAUUGAAGGAAUGAAUGGCCAGAACCUUGAUGGUCGUAACAUCACUGUUAAUGAAGCUCAAUCACGCGGUAGCGGUGGUGGCGGCGGUGGGUUCGGUGGUGGCCGACGUACCGGUGGCUACAGCGGUGGCGGCGGCGGCUACGGUGGCGGUGGAUACGGUGGCGGUGGCUACGGUGGUGGCUAUGGCCGACGGGACGGUGGCAACGGUGGUGGUUAUGGUGGUGGCCGUGAUCGCGGAUAUGGCGGUGGUGGUGGCGGCUAUGGUGGUGGUUAUGGUGGUGGUGAUCGUUAUGGUGAUGGUGGGUCGCGCUACUCGAGAGGUGGUGGUGCAUCUGAAGGAAGCUGGAGGAAUUAAGAUCCAAUAACGUUAUGAAAUUGGGUUUAAUCAUCUACAAGACUAAAUUAUGUCCUACUUUAGAUUUUUUGUUUGGUUGACUAUGUUUCUCGGUUGGUUGGAAGUUUAUUUUUUGUCACUGUGGUUCGUGUUACUGUUCUGUUUUCUCCCAAUUGGCUCGUUGUGUUACUGUUACUGUGGUUCGUGUUACUGUUCUGGUUUCUCGCUAUUGUUACUUCCAAGGUUGAAUGAAAGUUAUAAAUGAUCGCCCCUUUUUUAAUUUA